ACGGUGUUUGUCAUUUUUGUCAGUUGCCUGGACACUUCAUAAGGGAAUGUCCCUUUCAUAACGUGCCGUUUGGGGCAGAUAUGGCGGCAAGAAUUCGGAGCGGCAAUCCCGGGAAUGGAGGUACGAGUGGGAUUUUGUCGGCGCCAGCGCAAGGAGGAAGCGCGACAAGCAUGUCCAACGCCAUCGUCCCUUAUCAGGCGCCUCAGAGCAAUGGAGGCAAUGACAGGAACUAUAAUGGCGGGUUCAACAGUGGUUACAAUAGAGGGAAUAGGAACUUCAACAACGGUUACAAUGGAGGGUAUAAUAAUGGGAAUAGGUAUCGAAGAGGCUGGUCUGGCAGGGAACAUGAGCAUGACGACAGAGUAGACAAGAUCUACGGUCUGUUGUCUGAACAGGCGGAAGAACGAGAGGAACGAAAGAGGGAGGCUGCUAGGUUAGUGUCACUUGAAGAGGAGAAAAAGAGACUUCAAGCGGAAGAAGAGAAACGGGUAGAAGCCAAGAGGGAAAGGGAGCAACAGGAGAUACGACUAGGGCAAAUCGUACGGACGAAUGUCCAAGCUGUAUGUGAAUUUGCCUUGGGGAGAAAGGUAGACUUACCAGGUGAAGGAGAAUCUGAAAUCAACAAGUUGCGCAAGGAGAUUGACGAGCUGAAAUCGAAGUGUGCCGAGAACUCGAAACAGGCAAAUUUGGAGGUCUUACGAAAGGAGAAGGAGGCAUUACAGAAGGUGCAGGAUCAAGGUAGCGAGGAGGAGAAGCUCCAAAGAGAGAUCGAUGAACUUCGAGCGAGAUGUGGACAGCAACAAGGGCAGUGCUCAUUGGACAAGGACAGGAUGGUUGCCCUGCAGCUGCAGGUCGACGAACUCAAUGGGCUCCGGAAGGCUCUGGUUGACAAGUGUUCUGAGUUGGCUUCGCUGAAGAAGGAGAACACGCAAAUACGUGGUGAGUUUAAGGAACUGAAGGACUAGUUCAUUCUCCUUCGAAAUCCGGGGAAGCGGAGCGCUGGUGAGGUCACGGAAAAAAGUCCGCCAGAAGCUCCAUCUCGUGGAAAG